ACUGGAGGGAACUGGGGAGGAGAGCAAGGUACAAGGGAGGGUUCGUGGAAAAGAGGGCAAAAAGGGGAAAUAGAAAGUGAAGAAUUUUGGGGUCAGAAUCUCAGAUCUGGAGCCGACCGUAAAGGUAAUCUCAUUACCAAGGAAUGUGAAGUUCAGAGUCAACCAGUGACUGGCUCGAGGGCAUACAAAAUGGCACAACCCGAGCUGCCUGAGCCAAGCUUUCCUGACUCAGUUCAGUUCAUUAUUUCCUGAAAAUGUCCGAUAGAGAAGUUCUGGUGAGACUAGGGGAAAGUAGAGGCGCGGCCCCUGCGCUCGGGAAGUUCUCGAAGGAGAGAACCAGGGUCUAGAGGAGAAGUCAGAAAAGAAAGGAGUGAAGCAGGGACGAAGAGAAAGGGAGGAAUUAAAAUAGAAAUGAGGAUGUGCACGUCGAACUCGUGCACAUUCUCUCCCCGGAGACUUAGCUCUUGUUGUACCCUUUGCCUGGCAGGCUCACUUAGAUGUCUACUCCAGCUCAAGUUUCCGCUUGAAGAAAACUUCUCAGACACCCAAGGUGGUCAUCACUCCAUCAGUCUCUUCGUUGCUAUUUUAUAUAUGAAAGCACUUACCACCAACUGACAUGUGAAUCCAGUCCCAACAAGGGGGAGGUACAUGGAAGGCUGGGGGAGGAAACAAGAUCUUGAGCUGAGCAAGAACAUCCCAGCAUCUUCACUGGGCAUCACUGGAGUCUUCUGUGGUUCACUGUUCCAGUGCUACAGAGAUCCCUUAUAUUUCAUGGCAGGAGGGGUGGGUAAAUUUAGGGAUAGUGAAGACAACAAAUUAAUCAAGAGCUUUCCUCGUAUCUCAGAACCUGUCAUCAGUAAGAAUGUCGGAUAGGGUUGACUGGCUACAAAGCCAAAAUGGAGUAUGCAAGGUUGAUGUUUAUACUCCUGGAGAUAGCCAAGCCCAAGACUGGAAAAUGUCGGAUGAAUCCUUGUCUAUUUUUAAGGAAGCAUCAACUGAUCCUAUCAGAGUGCUCAGCUGGCUCCGCAGAGACCUGGAAAAAAGUACAGCAGGGUUCCAAGAUGUUAGGUUCAAGCCUGGAGAAUCCUCACUUGGCGGGGAAAUGAGCAACCCAGGAGGAGACCCCCGCAGUGGUUUUUCUGUGGACUAUUACAAUACCACAACCAAGGGCAGUCCAGGAAGAUUGCAUUUUGAGAUGAUGCACAGAGAAAACCCUGUCCAGGGCCCCAGUGUCCCACUUGGUAAUGGGAGUUCAGUAGAUGAAGUUUCCUUCUAUGCUAAUCGCCUCACAAAUCUAGUCAUAGCCAUGGCCCGCAAGGAGAUCAAUGAGAGGAUAGAUGGCUCUGAAAACAAAUGUGUCCAUCAGUCAUUGUACAUAGGAGAUGAGCCCAUAUCCAACAAAAGCUUGAGUAAGGUGGCAUCAGAUCUGGUGAACAAGACAGUCUCUGCAUGUUCCAAGAAUGCUACCUCAGAUAAGACUCCUGGCUCUGGUGACAGAGCCUCAGGAUUAUUACGGAGUCCCCCACAUUUGAAAUAUAAGACCACUCUGAAGAUGAAGGAGAGCACCAAAGAAAGCAAGGGUCCAGAUGACAAGCCUGCUUCUAAGAAGUCUUUCUUCUAUAAGGAGGUGUUUGAAUCUCGUAACGCAGGUGAUGCCAAAGAGGGUGGAAGGUUAUCUGGGGAGAGAAAGAUGUUCAGAGGGCAAGAAAGGCCUGAUGACUUUACAGCUUCUGUUAGUCAAGGGAUAAUGACCUAUGCUAACAGUGUGGUAUCUGAUAUGAUGGUUUCCGUCAUGAAGACACUGAAGAUCCAAGUGAAGGACACAACUAUUGCCACCAUCCUGCUAAAGAAGGUACUGCUCAAGCAUGCAAAAGAGGUCGUCUCAGAUCUCAUUGACUCCUUCAUGAAGAACCUCCACAGUGUCACAGGGACCCUCAUGACUGAUUCAGAUUUUGUCUCAGCUGUGAAAAGAAGUUUAUUCUCUCACGGAAGCCAGAAGGCCACAGAUAUCAUGGAUGCCAUGCUGGGUAAGCUAUACACCAUGAUGUUUGCAAAGAAACCUCCAGAAAUUAUCAGGAAAACCAAAGACAAGUCUGAGAGUUACUCCCUUGUCUCCAUGAAAGGAAUGGGUGACCCUAAAAAACAAAAUGUAAACUUUGCAUCAAUGAAAUCUGAAGGUAAAUUGAGGGAAAAAAUGUACUCGCCCGCAUCCAAACCAGAAAAGAAGACUUGUGCCGAAACUCUGGGUGAACACAUUAUCAAAGAGGGAUUGAGCUUUUGGCAUAAAAAUCAGCAAAAAGAAGGAAAAUCUCUGGGUUUCCAACAGGCAACAUUUGCAGCUCCCAAGGAUACUUGCAACCUCAGCCCCCCUAUGCAAUGCCGAGAGAAACCUGAGAAUUUUAUGUGUGAUUCAGACUCCUUGGCCAAGGACCUGAUCGUGUCAGCCUUACUUCUGAUUCAGUACCACCUGGCACAGGGAGGAAGCAUGGAUGCACAGAGCUUCCUUGAAGCUGCUGGCAGCACCAACCUGCCUGCCAACAAGUCCCCUGAAGUUCCUGAUGAGUCCAGCCUUAAGUCUCCUCAUAUGGGAAGUGACCAAGAUGAAGCAGAAAAGAAGGAUCUAAAGAGUGUUUUCUUUAACUUUAUCCGGAAUUUACUUGGUGAGACCAUUUUCAAGAGUGACCGUAGCUCUGAACCCAAGGUACCAGAACAGCCAGUUAAGGAAGAAUAUAACUACCAGUGUGAAAGACCUGUAACCCCUUCUUCCAUCAAAUUAAGUGAAGGUGAUGAGGCUGGUGGUACCUUUGCUGGGCUGACCAAGAUGCUUGUUAACCAGCUAGAUGGCCACAUGAAUGGGCAGAUGGUAGAAUAUCUGAUGGAUUCAGUGAUGAAGUUAUGUCUCAUUAUUGCCAAGUCCUGUGACUCUCCCUUGGCAGAGCUGGGAGAUGAUAAGUCUGGGGAUGCAAGCAGGCCAACUUCAGCCUUCCCAGAUAAUUUAUAUGAGUGUUUACCAGUCAAGGGCACAGGGACAGCAGAGGCUGUCCUGCAGAAUGCCUAUCAAGCUAUCCAUAAUGAAUUGAGAGGUAUAUCAGGACAGCCCCCUGAAGGGUAUGCAGCACCCAAAGUGAUUGUCAGCAAUCAUAACCUAACUGACACAGUUCAGAACAAGCAACUCCAAGCCGUACUUCAGUGGGUAGCCGCCUCUGAACUCAAUGUCCCUAUUUUGUACUUUGCUGGUGAUGAUGAAGGAAUCCAGGAGAAGCUACUUCAGCUCUCGGCUGCUGCUGUGGACAAAGGACGUAGUGUAGGUGAGGUCCUGCAGUCGGUGCUGCGCUAUGAGAAGGAGCGACAGCUGGACGAGGCGGUGGGAAAUGUUACACGGCUGCAGCUGCUGGACUGGCUGAUGGUGAACCUGUGAUCGGCGCCCACCCACUGCUUUCCCUUCUCCCCAUCCCUUCUUACUUCCACAGCUCUCCUCUCCAUAUCCUUACAGAGCCCUAUCAUACCACUCACAUCAAAGACACGUCAUCUUAUGCUAGUCACUGGAUUUUGCAGAUUUUCCCGUCCAUGCAAGCAAGGACACAAAAUUAAAAAGAUUACAAUGAAAGGA